AUGCCGCCACCACCGCCAAGGCCAAGGCCCAAUCGCCGACCACGGCAGGCCGCUCCCCGAGUCGCCUUUCUCCGAGCAAUAGCAACGACGGCGGUCUUCGCAACCGCUGCAAGCACGCGAUGGCUGCUGCUGGCGGGUGCUACCGCGACAGGGCCGGCGGGAGCACGGCGGGGGGGGGCGUUGGUUUUCCGGGUGGAAGGGAGGCCGGACGAUCCCGAGUUCGCGCGGGCGUGUGGGGUGGUCAGGGGUCUGGAGGACCUCUACGGGAAGGAACGGUAUCUGUUGCAACCGGUACCGGUAGAGGACGGUGGCUCCUCCCAUGACCAAGAACAACGGCGAGCCUCCCCUCGACGACGGAGGCCAUGGAUCCCACGUUGGUUCGGGGGUUCCGCAGGAAGACGGAAGCAAUCCCCCCAAGGGGGUCCGGCGGGAGAGACGGCUCCACGAUCAGCAGUGCUGUGCAGUAUCGACCGUGCCCCAGCAGACGAUAAGACACAGGCUCAGGGUCCAGCCGCCGGAGGGCAUCUGUCGGCGGCGGAAGAGUCGCCGGCUGCUGUUGCGAACACGAGAGUUGCCAUAGGGGGCGUGGAUGAGCUGCUGGAGUUCGUGCGGACCAGCGUCCUGGCCGGGCCGCGGCCGUUUUCUUUCGCGUUUCACGAGCAGUCGCUCGGGAUACAAGCGGCGCAUCGAAGGAAACAAAGAGACGAAUCGUCCGCUCUAGCCGCUGCGGUAGCAGCACCACCCCGUCGUCGGAAACUUCUUCGGCUCGGCAGUGGCCGUCGCAGAAGAAGAAGCACCAGCAGCCUCAAACACGGAGCCCCCGGGGGUGCUCCCUCCCCCUCAGGCAGUGCAGGUGCCCCCCCCCCCGGCGGCGGCGGCGGCGGCGCAUCCGGCGUCUCCCCCUCGGAGUACGACUACGACUUAGUCGUGAUCGGGGGCGGAUCGGGUGGGUUAGCGUGCGCGAAGGAGGCGGCUAGGCUGGGGAAGAAGGUGGCCUGCCUGGACUUCGUAAAGCCCUCGGUGAUGGGCAGCAAGUGGGGUUUGGGCGGCACCUGCGUGAACGUGGGCUGCAUCCCGAAGAAGCUCAUGCACCAGGCGGCGCUCCUAGCGGGACACGCCAAAGACGCUCCCUUCUUCGGGUGGCCGGCGGGGCCAGAGGGCGAAGACGGUUCUCGAUUGGAGGAGGCGGGAGGCGUGGCGGGGGGAGAGGGGAAGCGGUCGGUUACACACGACUGGGAGGUUAUGGUUCAAGGGGUGCAGAACUACAUCAAGGGGCUCAACUUCAAGUACCGGACCGACCUUCGCUCGAAGGGGGUGGAGUACAUCAACGCGCUGGGUAGGCUGCAAGAUGCCCACACCGUGGUCGCGACGGACAAGAACAACAAGGAGCGCGUUCUGAGCUGCGGCUCCGUGGUCGUUGCGGUGGGCGGGAGGCCUAACCAGCUGCCCUGCGAGGGUGGCGAGCUGGCCAUGACGUCCGACGACAUUUUUGCCCUGAGGACUCCUCCCGGGAAGACGCUGGUGGUGGGGGCUAGCUACGUCGCGCUUGAGUGUGCAGGUUUCCUGACCGGUCUGGGCGUGGAUACGACGGUGAUGGUGCGGUCGAUCCUGCUGAGGGGCUUCGACCAAGGCAUCGCGGAACGGAUCGGGAGCUUCAUGGAGGCUGAGGGCACUCGGUUCCUUAGGCCUGCCGUCCCGCAGAGGAUUUCCAAGACGGAACAGGGGAGGCUUCUCGUGAGGUGGAGAGAGGGAGAAGGAGAUGAUCAGACCACCAAGGAGGAGGAGUUCGACACUGUGCUGGCUGCUACGGGCAGAAGGGCGGACACGCAAGGCUUGGGGUUGGAGAGGCUAGGGGUCACUCUCAGCAACAACGGCAAGAUGGUGUGCCGCAACGAGGAGACCACCGUGGCAGGCGUGUUCGGCAUAGGGGAUGCCGUUGAGGGCGUGCCCGAGCUGACCCCGUCGGCCGUUCAGGCCGGCCGACUCCUUGCGAUGAGGCUCUUCGGCGGGGAGGAGAACGUGGAGGUUUUCCACUCGGCUUUCACGCCUCUCGAGUGGCAGAUGAACUCGGAGCGACCGCAAAACGCCUGCUACGUGAAGGCCGUGUGUGAUUUGACGGACAGUCAGCGGGUGGUGGGUCUGCACUUCUUGGGGCCUAACGCGGGCGAGGUGAUGCAAGGCUUCGGCGUAGGAAUCCGCCUGGGCAUGACGAUGGACGACUUGCGACAGCUGGUGGGAAUUCAUCCGACCGUCGCAGAAGAACUAACCCUCCUUCAGACAACCAAGAGGUCUGGGGAGCCCAUCGAGAAAAGUGCCUGCUGA